AUGUAUUUUUACUGCUAUCAUCUACAAGCUUUUCUCCCAGACACAUUGUAUUUAUAUGGAAGAAAAAUAGAAACAGAAAAUAUCAAAGAUUUAGACAAUAUUGAAAAAUGCCAGACAAAAAAAAUAAAAAUAACAGUAGAUGAUGUUAUAUCACCAUUACUAGCAAUUUAUAAUGGAAAAAAGACCAUUCAACAUUUAGAGGAUGAUAUUAUUAAAUAUUUUAACAAACUUAAGCAUAAAGAAAUAACACAUCUUAAGAAUAUUUUUUAUGAUAAAUUUUAUAAAGAAAUUGAUGUCAUAAGAUUUGCACCAGAAACUUACAAAAAAAUCGAAAAUUUUAAAAGUGACUUUUGUUUAAAAAUAAUGCAUGAAUUUACAAAUCCAAUAGAAGCAGCAUUAAUUUCGAAAAACAUAAAAUCUCCUUGUGUUUUAAAAAUUAAAACAAACAAGACAUACAUUAAAUUUGAUGAUAUAGAAUCUGUAAUAAAAACCAAUAUGCCAAAAUUAAAUAUUGCAUCAAUUAAUGUUAAAUUACAAAAUUAUGAUAUUUGUUAUUAUUCUAUUUGCAUAAAUGGAUGUAAAUAUUUUGUAGGAGCUUUUAAAGGACAUGAAAAUUUUAUUAUGCAUAAACACAAAAUUGAGAUUUUUAGUAAUUUACAAAAUUUAAAUACUAGAAUUUUAGAAAUUUUUGCUGAUGAAGAAAUAGAUGUUGUAGUCUUUUUUAAUAAUUUAGGUAAUUUAUUGAAUAAUUUACAAAAAUAUAUUAUUUGUGAUAUGUUUUUAUAUGCCACGGCAAACCUAAAAUUAAGAGAAUAUUCAAUUAAAGAGCUAUGCGAAUAUUUUAAGAUUACUUGUACCGAUAUUACUAAUCCAAUAAUUUUAUCUAAAACUCUGUUUGAUCUAUUUAUAAAAUCUGAUGUUUUAAUACUGUCAAAAGAAUUAUCAGAAUUAUCUGGAUAUACAAUUAAUAAAGUUUUAAAUAACAAUAGAGCAGAGAUAAUUGAAUACACACUAUUUCACGAACUUUACGAUAAAAAGUAUCUUUUACCACCAGAAGUUAAUGUUAGUGUAGAAAAAUAUGAAGGAGGAAAGGUUUUUGAACCAGUGAAGGGAUACUAUGACAAUCUUGUUCUUUUAUUGGAUUUUAACUCUUUAUAUCCUUCUAUAAUACAAGAAUAUAAUGUAUGUUUUUCUAAUCCAGAUUUUAAUUCAUCAGAAAAAGGUGUCUUACCGAAAAUACUUGCAAACUUGGUACAAAGAAGAAAGGAAGUAAAAAAACUUAUGAAUAAUGAUAAGGAUAAUAAAAUUUAUUAUAUACGACAAAUGGCUUUAAAAAUAUUAGCAAAUAGUAUAUACGGGUCACUAGGAUAUCCUAAGAGUAGAUUCUGUAAUUACAAAAUGGCAGCCUUUAUAACAGAAAAAGGUAGGGAAAUAUUGCGAGAUACUAAGAAAACAAUAGAAAAUGAAUUAAAUUAUAAAGUUAUUUAUGGAGAUACAGAUUCUAUUAUGAUUGAUACAGGAUUGAUACAUAAUGAAGAAAAUAUUAUUAAGGCUAAAGAGAUAUCACAAGAAAUUAGUGAAAAGAUUAAUUUAAAAUACAAAAAUAUUGAAAUAGAAUUGGAAAAAAUAUUUACGAAACUUUUUUUGUAUGCAAAAAAGAGGUACAUCGGACGAUAUUUAGAUUCGAAUAGCGUAUUACAUGAGGAAUAUAAGGGAAUAGAAGCGCUUAAAAGGAACUUUUGUCCUGCUGCUUCUGACAUUCUGUAUAAAGUAAAUAAAAUAUUGUUAGAUAGUGACAAUAAAAAUAUUUAUAGUUUACUAAAAGAAGAAUAUAAUAAUUUGAUAAAUAGGAAUGUUGAAGACUUUGUUAUCAAUAAUACUUUAAAUAAGCCUCUAAGUCAAUAUGCUAGUAAUGCGCCUCUUCCUUUUGUACACCUUUGUAAUAGACUAAAAACAAAAGGUAUACAUUAUAAAGUAGGUGAUGUUGUAUCUUAUGUAAUAGGGAAAACCGAAAAUGAGACAGAUUUUUAUAAUAGAGCAUUUUUACUAACAGAAAAAUGUAAUAUAGAUUACGAUUAUUAUGUACAAAAUCAAAUAAUGCCACCUUUAAUGCGAUCUUUGGCUUUAUCUUCCAAUAUUAAUUUAGAGAAAAUUUAUGAUAUUUUUAAAGUAAAAUAUAAUAAAAAAGCCGUUCCUAAGUUAUGCCAAUUUAAAACAGAAUGUUGUAAUAAUCAACAAUUUCCUGCACAUUAUUGUGUUAAAUGUAAUUUAAAAAUUGAAGAAAAUUUUUAUAUAAAAAUAGUUAAAAAAAGUAUAGGUUUAGAAAUAGAAAGGCUGUAUUCAACGCCUUUUGAAUGUAUUGAUUGUAAAGUGAAAUUUGAAGGAUAUUUUCUAAAAUGUUUAUAUUGUUCAGGAGAGCUAAUUUAUAAAUCUUUAAAUAAUGAAUUUGAUGCUUAUUUAGAAGAACUACUGUCUAGAUUUACAGAGAUCGGGUUUGUAAAAGUCUGUGAACUUAUUAAUACGCAUUUAAAAUGUUCAAAAUUUAGAGUAUUUGAUAUUUCACCUUAUUUUGGAGAUGAAAUAAAUAAAAAUUUAAAAUAA